UUUCCGCACAUGCGCACAGAAAACUGAAGUCGGAACCUCCUUCGCUUUCAAGCGGCGCGUCGUGUUGUUGGAAGGUGAAUUUCAGCCAAAAUGAUCAGUAAAAUGAUUGGACAGAAGUAUGUGGCAAUUGCCAAAUCAUGGAUCCCGACCCUGGCUGUGUGGGGCACAGCUGGAGGAGUAGCUCUGGUCCACUUCACAGACUGGCGGCUGUUUUUGGAUUUUGUCCCCUACAUCAACGGCAAAUUUAAGAAAGACGAGUAGUGGCUUUCAGGUCAGUGCUGUUUUUUACACAAAGACUCAAAUAUUGAACAGAAGCUGUUGCAGUCGGCACCGUGCACUCUGCUCCAUCUGCAUGCCAACGCCACUGGAAGCAUUCAUCUUCAUCCUGCAGCUCAACCAACAUUCAACUGUUAAACAUCAGCCUCCUGUUUACUGCUCUGGUGUUUGGCAUUUCAACUAUCCUCAACAACUGGGAACCAAGUGGAAGGAAGAUGAAAACAGGAUGAAAAAUGAACUUUUGUUUUCUUAUCCCUCUUAGUUAGUGUUCAGAUAUUUAUUUUUAAUCAUCACGCUCAUGUGAACUGUUGGUGGAACCUGAUUUACUCAUGGAAAAGUCUGCCUUCCAUGUCAUGCUGUAAUUGUUUUGAAGAGAAGAAGUAAAGUAUGUGAAAUGUA